AUAUGACGGAUUAAGUACAUAACGGGGCAAGACAUGAUGAAAAUAAUACUCAAUACUCGUUCCGACACUGGUACAGAUCGGAUAAUACUCGCCAACACAGGAAAAAAAAUCAAAUGAUACAAUGUUUCCAAAGCAUCUUCCUCAAAUUGCCAUCCUAUCCUUAGUAUGUAAUUUAAGUCAACAUCUUCCUCCGCGUCCAACAUAUGGAACAGUAAAAGUUACAAUCCAAUGUUUCCAAAGCACCAUUAAUGGAUAAUAAUUAAUUAUCAUUUGAUUAAAACCCCUCAUUUAAUUCCCUCAAACGAGUGCGAUGUAUGUGGUAAAUUGUAAUGUCACCACCACGCGCACCAUCCUAAAAAAGAAACGGAAAAGAAUUCCCCAUCCGACACACAAGGACAACUAGGAUUGUCACGUCACCACCACGCACCAUAACUCUCGCGUCACCUUUCCCUUCUUCUUCUUCUUCUUCUUCUUCUCCUCUCCUUCGUCUUUCUUCCCCAGCUAGCUCUCUCCUUUUAAUUAUUCUUCUCCCUCCCAACUCGCCAAUUCCUCACCACCUGCCUCCUUUGACGGCCGGCCGCCAUUGUUUAACCCCCGCCAUUAUUAUCACACCCUUGCGUGCUCCACCAUUUUCUCCCGACAAGACAACCCAGAAUCUCUCUCCACCCUCCGAACUCCUCGGAACCCCACUGUCGGCUACGGCUCCGGAUCUGUUGCUAUAGCCAAUGGAUUCCGACCAGCGGCGGAAGUGGAAGAGAGUCAACAACAGCGGCGGAAAAAUUGCUUUGAAGCUCAUCCUCUCUUUCAGGUCACUCACUCUCGGCAUAACUUCGUUCCUCUUCAUUCUCUUCUACUUCUACGGUUCAGAUCGCUCUCCAUUCCGGCCGGUCCUCCGGGUCUCCGGUUUUACCCGGGUCUUCCCCAACCUGCUCACCGACGACUACUUCAGCGGCGGCGGCAAGCCGCCUCCUUUGGUUAUCGAGAGCCGGGUUCUGCUGCCCGACCAUCUGCUGCUCGUCCUGUCCAACAGAGUCCAAAGAGGGGAGAGCUUCGAAUGCGUCUACUACCCCCAACUCGGCGACGCCGCCGACGUGCUCGACGAGAUGCUCGUGAAGCUGGCUAUUUCGGCGGACGAUUACCAGGAGAGCAAGUCGAUUGUGAGGUGCGAGCUCCCGCCUGUGAAUUUCUCCGCGGCCGCGGAUUUGCGCCGUACGGGCGGUGAGGUCGUGGAAGGGAACUGGAUGAGGAGCGCAGUAAAUCAGACGGCGGAUGAUGAUAAUGCCGACUCCGUCCCCGAUUGGGGGAUGGUGGUCUACGAGGCGAUUCUGGAUUCCAACACGGUGGUGGUGUUGGCUAAAGGUCUGAAUCUGAAGCCGCAUAGGGAUGUCAAUCCGGCAGAAUUCAGGUGCCAUUUUUCGUUGAGUCAUUUUAACAAACAGGAUAGCUUCAUCUUCACUACCGAAGCCACCGCCGCAGCUCAAGAGGUCGUCCGCUGCUUGCUGCCCAGAAGCAUCCGAAACAACAACACCGAGUUGGCCGAAGGAAUCCGCGUCACCGUCAGCCGCGUAGCCACAGCCUCCCCUGCUCUGCCAUCGGUGGCGAAAGUAUACAACCCGAAAUCCCACGGGAUGAGAGGGGAGGGGGAAGCGAAGUACGAGCUCUGCGCUUGCACGAUGCUGUGGAACCAGGCGGCGGUGCUCAAGGAAUGGGUAAUGUACCACUCGUGGCUGGGCGUGGAACGGUGGUUCAUCUACGACAACAACAGCGACGACGGGCUACAAGACGUCGCCGACGAGCUCAACAACCAGAACCACAACGUCACUAGGCACGUCUGGCCGUGGGUGAAAGCGCAGGAGGCAGGGUUCUCGCACUGUGCACUGAGAGCCAAGUACGAGUGCAAGUGGGUCGGGUUCUUCGAUGUCGACGAGUUCUUCUACUUACCACGCCACCGCGGCAGCCAGAACUCAUUGCCAGGACAGAACUCGCUCCGCGCCCUUGUCUCGAACUACACCGACUCGCCCACGAUCGCCGAGGUAAGGACAAUGUGCCACAGCUUCGGGCCGUCGGGGCUGACCGCACCCCCAAAGCAAGGGGUGACGGUGGGGUACACUUGUAGGGUUCAGGCGCCGGAGAGGCACAAGUCAUUCGUCCGGCCGGACCUUCUGGACGUGACGCUGCUGAACAUCGUGCAUCACUUCAAGCUGAGGGAAGGGUACAGGACGACAAAUGUGGCCGAGACCACGGCGGUGAUCAACCACUACAAGUACCAGGUGUGGGACACUUUCAAGGCCAAGUUUUUCAGGAGAGUGUCGACUUACGUGACGAACUGGCAAGACGAUCAGAACAAAGGGUCCAAGGAUAGAGCGCCCGGACUAGGGACGGAGGCCGUCGAACCGCCGGACUGGCGGCUGAGGUUCUGCGAGGUUUGGGACACUGGUCUCAAGGACUUUGUGUUGGACACUUUCGCUGAUGUAGCCACUGGGUUACUACCCUGGGAGAGGAGCUCUUCUUCUGCUGCUUCUGCUCGUUGAUGAUCGGGAAGUUUCCCACAAGUUUUGGAGUGGCAGACGGCGGCGAGGUGUCAUGUAAAACAACACACAGAUUGAGUACUGAGGUAUACCGGCGCAAACGAUUCUUUGCUUAAUUUUUUGAGUUAUUAUCUUCCUCCCGCCCUGUUUUUUGAGGGGAAAUCACUCUUCUUCUUCUGGCAUGCGGAUUUUUACACAGUUGUUAUACACAUGUAAAGGGUUCAAACAUAUUGAAAUGAAACGAUUCUUUUGUUCCUUCUUCCAUUGCCCGGCAAUGAUAGAAAACCCGAAGCUGCAAAAUGCAGACCCUGGAAACAGGAUACUGAAACAGAUUAGAACGAAACCAAAACAGUUACCAACUAUUUUGCUCGGCAUGUGAACUAGAAGGCACAAAUUCAAGUUUAUCACACUACGUGAAAAGAUGGUUGAAGCAAAGCUAAUAAGAUGGUACGGUGCGUCUGUCACAAUUCUCAAGUGGAAAAGAGCCACACAAAAGAAGAAGACAAAUUCAUAUAGGAUCUGAAUAAAUAGGUUAAAGGUUC